CAGGCUUGCACCUCCUUCACCGCUUGCGUACAAGGCUCACACAACCGGAAGCCACUCAAAGCAAGCUUCAUACACAUGGCAGCUCUAGCUAGCUAUAUAAACGAGUAACAACCCAUCAAGAACUCAAUCGAUUAUAACUUUAUAAUUAAGCUGCACACAUGUUCGCUAGUCUCGUCAGUGAGUGAUCACAAACAUCAAACAAUUGGGCUAAUUGGUUAGUUCUUGCCAAUGGGCAACGUUCACGUGGAGGCGGCGGCGGCUGCGAUCUCGCCGGAGCUGGGCGACGCGCUGGCCAAGGUGGCCGUGUUCGCGCUUGUCCAGGGGCUGGUCUACCUCAUCCUGCGGAACUCGUCGGACGUCUUCUCCACGGCUAAGGGGAAGAAGAGGUCGCUCAGCUUCCGACCCAUGCGGAGCAUGAGCGUCCGCGGCGUUCUGGCCGCGUUCUCUGAUGUCCCCGUCGGCGUUCCCGACGUCGUCGAUGGCGGUGCUGCUGACCGUGCAGACUAGUUGAAGUGCUUCAUGUUGAGCUGAUAUGUAUACGAGUACGUAGUGGAUUCUCUGAGUUAUGGUUAAUUAGUUAAUUAGUAUUUCCCUGCGAAAGAAAAUAGUUAAUUAGUAGGGAUUCUGGUAAAAAGAUUGUAUGAUACCCAGAAAGGUUGUGUUUGUACAUAUGGUAGAUUUAACUGAAUUGGUUGGCUUGAUUAUUGUUUUUUUCUUAA